AUGGACACAUACGGACGCGAAUUUGUUUUUGUAUAUCCGCCGAAUAAUAGUGGAUCUAUCGGGAUGGAAGCUACAUUAAGUAUUAUCAAUCCGAACACAAAGCAAAGUGCAAAUGUCAUCGUUGAAUAUCCUGAAUUUGAUACUAAUGGUGAUAAUAUUACAACAACACGACAUACCGCAAGUUUGGUUGUCAAAGUACUCAGCAGUGUCCUGUUCAAAUUUAAUGAGUCAGUGAUUUUGAAUAACAUCAAUGAUGGUUUGCAUUCAUACGUAGAUGCCCGAAUUGUUGUCCACUCCACCAUUCUAAUCACUCUUAUAGCACAUAAUGUAGAUAUCAGUGGUGCACGCGACAGCUUCCUUGUGUUACCAAUAUCAAUGGCUGGAAAUCAUUAUGCAUUUACACUUCCACCAUCAUCAGCGUUAGGUUCAACGAUUGUUUAUUUUCUGCCAGUGAAAGCUGAACAUAAUCAGUAUGUUACAAUUAAUUCGAUUCGCAGCACAUCCACUUGUUCUUGCAAACAUACUGUACAAGUAGGUGAAAUGUUGGCAUUCAGUUCAUCAGAGGAAAGUAUAACUUUAUGGGCACAUAGUAACUUCACAUUCGUUAUUGUUGCCGCUGUACGUAGACUGCCAACAGCAAAAGGAUCAAAUGUAUUCGAUUUCGGAUGCUUUAUGCCAAGCUCAGUACCAAUAACGGGCUGCGAUAAGUUAAAAGAUAACUACGUAAUGCCACUGCUUACUGGGAAACAUCACUUGCUUACACCGCUAUCCGUAGAAUGCAAAUCAGUGGAAAUUUCAAUUCAUGGUUCGAAUAAAAUUGUGAAGACAAAGCGCCUGAUAUCCACUUUUCCUGAAGCAACCAAUUCUAUAGUACUUGAUGAAUAUGGAAAUACGGCCGCAAUAAGUACUACAACAGUGUUAAAUGUGAUUCGUUAUGGUGGAUACAAUGUUGGGACACUAAAUUAUGAGGAAGGUGGAUACCUAGAUGAAGUACCAGCCAUUUCACAAUUCAUUUCCGGAAUGAUUCCGGUUAUUAUACCCAGCGACAGCAAUCAAGUUACUGUGAUAGCAGACUAUAAAGCAAUGUCAAGUGCUUUCUUUGAUAGUGAGAUUAGCUUAUCAUUUGCUGCACUACCAUUUUUAAAUGGUUCACUAUAUUAUUCAUCCGGCACUGUAUCCCCCGGUUUUCACUUCUUCUAUGCCGAUGGUCUGUAUAUUAUUUUUAUUAGCGGUCGCAUGAAUAACAGCGCUUAUGGAUUUGUCCCGGCUUUCAACAGUCGAAAAGUUGUCAAGAUAGAUUCUAUUACACGUGAGUCAUCUGGACUUUCAUUAUUUUGCUAA